UUAUUAUUACCCAAUCGGCCGCUUCUCAGCUCAAAUGGCGUCAAGGCUCUUCCUCUUAGCUUUGCCUCUAGCAACCCUAGUAAUCGCGUUUAUCAUCAGAGUUAUCUCCACUGUAUUUCAUUGCCGGAGAAGCAGGAAAAGAGCGGUGGGAUUUUUCCACCCAUUCACCAAUGGCGGCGGAGGAGAGCGUGUUCUUUGGUGCGCAGUCAAAGCCGUCCAAGAGGAGUCUCCGGAUCUUGAUUGCGUCAUCUACACCGGCGACCACGACAGCUCUCCUCAAUCUCUCGCCGCUCGAGCGCGUGAUAACUUUGGUGUCGAAUUGAUCCGCCUUCCCAAGGUGGUAUAUCUGCAUAAGAGGAAAUGGGUUGAAGAAACUACAUAUCCUCGAUUCACUAUGAUUGGACAAAGCCUUGGAUCAGUGUACCUAUCAUGGGAAGCUCUGUGCAAAUUUACUCCUUUAUAUUAUUUUGAUACCAGUGGGUAUGCUUUUACAUAUCCUGCCGCGCGCAUGUUUGGAUGUAAAGUUCUUUCCUACACCCAUUACCCAACAAUUAGUUUAGACAUGCUAUCACGGGUUCAGACACGGAGUUCUAUGUACAAUAAUGAUGCUAUGAUUGCUAAGAGUGUCUUCUUCUCUCAGUGCAAAGCUGUCUAUUAUAAGCUUUUCAGCUUGAUGUACGGAAUUGUAGGCUCUUGUACACAUGUUGCAAUGGUUAAUUCGUCAUGGACGCAGUCUCAUAUUCAGAAGCUUUGGGGGAUUACAGCUCGUAUUAAGCUUGUCUAUCCUCCCUGUGACACUUCUGGUCUUCAGGAGCUACCGUUAGAAAGGUCAAUGAACCCUGCAAAGAUAAUUUCUGUGGCUCAGUUUCGUCCGGAGAAGGCGCAUAGCCUUCAACUUGAGGCAUUUGCAGUUGCCAUAAAGGAGUUGGAAGCAGACCUACCGAGACCUAAGCUCCAAUUUGUGGGUAGUUGCAGAAAUGAAGCAGAUAAGAAAAGAUUGCAAUGCUUGAAGGACCAUGCUAGGGAGCUGAAUGUGGACACUGAUGUGGAGUUCCAUGAAAAUGUACCCUACAGUGAACUGGUGCGUCUGCUAGGUGCAGACGAGCAUUUUGGGAUCAGUGUGGUGGAAUACAUGGCUUCUGGAGCCAUACCAAUUGCUCAUAAUUCCGCUGGCCCUAAGAUGGACAUUGUAUCACCAGAAGAUGGGAAGCAAACAGGAUUUCUUGCCCAAAAUGUGCAAGAGUAUGCAGAUGCGAUCCUCAGGAUCAUUAAAAUGCCUGAAUCCGAGCGGUUGGAGAUGGCUGCAGCUGCCCGAAAACGAGCCUCAAAGUUCUCAGAGCAAAGAUUCUAUCAAGAUUUAAAGGCUGCUAUUCGACCAGUUAUGUUUCAUAAUUCAAGAUGAUCAUACAAGUAUGGUUGUGCUGCACUGAACAUAGGCCACACCUCAAAAUUGUUAACACAGGGACGAGGCUAACAUGAUUCAAGUUCUAUAGGAAAAAAGGACGUGUUUCUUUGGUAAUCUAAGGAACUGGUGGAGACCUCUGCAAAAACUUGUAUCCAACUUAGUCAAUAUUGCUCCAAAAGUGAGUGAAAUUAUAUUAACCCUUCUCGACAUUAUGUCUAAAUAUAAGUGUUAUUACUUUUUGGAAAAUUAUAAUGACAUUGCCCGA